CGGACGCAGCACCAACCGUAACCUGAUUCAAGAUGGCGGGAGCUGACGGUGAUGACUCUCUUUACCCCAUUGCGGUACUUAUUGAUGAAUUAAGGAAUGAAGAUGUUCAGUUGCGGCUGAAUAGCAUUAAGAAGCUCUCAACAAUUGCCCUGGCUCUGGGUGUGGAGAGGACACGCACUGAGCUCCUUCCCUUCCUCACAGAUACUAUCUACGAUGAGGACGAAGUGCUUCUUGCCCUUGCCGAGCAGCUGGGCAACUUCACCAUGCUGGUCGGAGGUCCCGAAUACGUCCACUGCCUCCUUCCACCCCUGGAGAGCCUUGCUACGGUGGAGGAGACGGUGGUGCGUGACAAGGCGGUGGAGUCGCUGCGCAAGAUCUCGCAUGAGCACUCGCCCGUGGACCUGGAGGUGCACUUUGAGCCACUGGUGAAGCGGCUGGCCAGCGGCGACUGGUUCACCUCGCGCACCUCUGCCUGCGGCCUCUUCAGCGUCUGCUACCCGCGCGUGUCCAGUACCGUCAAGGCUGAGAUCCGCCAACACUUCCGGAACCUGUGCUCUGAUGACACCCCUAUGGUGCGUCGUGCAGCGGCCUCCAAGCUGGGCGAGUUUGCCAAGGUGCUGGAGCUAGACUACGUCAAGAGCGACAUCAUCUCCCUCUUCACGGCGCUGGCUUCUGAUGAACAGGAUUCUGUGCGCCUCCUGGCUGUGGAAGCAUGUGUGAGCAUUGCCACACUGCUGCCCCAGGAGGACCUCGAGACGCUGGUGAUGCCCACCCUGCGCCAGGCUGCCGAGGACAAGUCCUGGAGGGUGCGCUACAUGGUGGCUGACAAGUUCUCUGAGUUACAAAAGGCAGUUGGUCCAGAAAUCACCAAGAAUGACCUUGUACCAGCUUUCCAGAAUCUUCUCAAAGACUGUGAGGCUGAGGUGCGGGCUGCUGCCGCCAAUAAGGUCAAAGAAUUCUGUGAAAAUUUACCGGAAGACAGCCGAGAGACGAUCAUCAUGACUCACAUUCUUCCCUGCGUCAAGGAACUGGUUUCAGACACAAAUCAGCAUGUCAAAUCAGCACUGGCCUCUGUGAUCAUGGGCUUAUCGACCAUCCUGGGCAAGGACAACACCAUCGAGCAUCUGCUUCCUCUCUUCCUGGCCCAGCUCAAAGAUGAGUGUCCAGAGGUGCGUCUGAACAUAAUCUCAAACCUGGACUGCGUGAAUGAGGUCAUCGGCAUCCGCCAGCUCUCCCAGUCCCUUCUACCCGCCAUCGUGGAGCUGGCCGAGGACGCCAAGUGGCGAGUCCGGCUGGCCAUCAUCGAGUACAUGCCCCUCCUGGCAGGCCAGCUUGGAGUGGAGUUCUUUGAUGAGAAGCUGAAUUCCUUGUGCAUGGCGUGGCUGGUCGACCAUGUCUACGCCAUCAGAGAGGCGGCCACCUGCAACCUCACAAAGCUGGUGGAGAAGUUUGGAGCGGAGUGGGCUCAGAACACCAUCGUGCCCAAAGUACUGGGCAUGGCCAAUGACCCCAACUACCUGCACCGGAUGACCACUCUCUUUUGCAUCAACGCCCUGUCGGAGGCAUGCGGCCAGGAGAUCACUACCAAGCACAUGCUCCCUGUCGUCCUCAAGAUGUCCAACGACCAGGUGGCCAACGUGCGCUUCAAUGUGGCCAAGUCCCUGCAGAAGAUCGGCCCCGUUCUGGACAGCAACUCUCUGCAGACUGAGGUGAAGCCAGUUCUGGAGAAACUAGCUGCAGACCAAGACAUAGAUGUCAAAUACUUCGCCCAAGAAGCCAUUAGCGUUCUUGCCCUGGCCUAAUGGAGCACCUGCUGCCCUCAUUACCCAUGUUACUCUGACCAUCAUCCUGGAUCAUUCAAUGGACUGUUUAUAGGAAAGGAUGCUUGUUAUGUUUGGCAUUCUUGUAUAGAGGUGUUGGAAAGGAAACUUUUGCUUUGUUUAGGCUUGUUAGAAAAUCUCUCUCUCUCUCUCUCUCUCUCUCUCAAAAAGCCGUGAAUGAUCCUGAAUACUUCACCCUUCGUUCCAAUUGUAUGAACGUAUACUUUUGACACACCACCAACCUCUCCCUACUACAUACAUACACUAUUUUCAUAUUUUAUUAAUUUGCCCUCUUCACUUGCUAACACCUUCCCCCAUUGGCAGCACUUUUAGAUGUCGUCUUAUUACUUGGUGAACUUAUCUGAGAAUUACUUAUCUGAAAGAUAGUGCAAGGUUCCAAAUGAUGUACACGACUGUCUUUUAGAGGGUAGUCAUCAUGAUGAUGAUCAUCGUGGUAAAUUGGAGGUCACAGUUAUAACUAUAUCCUUUCUAGUUCCUUUGUGCCAUGAACACAAGCACAGGGCCAGGAAAUACUCACUGAGUUGGCAUGGCUUGCCCUGUGCAUGUUGAAUGUCUGGACUUCCCAUUGCUGACCACAGUUUGCAUUUAGCUUCUGUGUUCCCUUCUCAAGUGGCUGCUAAUCCUCGACAGGUUCUUGAAAACAUUGGCUGCAAUAUGUCCAUCCCAUACCAUUCAUAUUCCAGCUCUGCAGUAGAGCCCUGAUAGAAGGCUUGUGCUGAAUGGGACCACUACAGAUGAUGUCUUGUAACGGUCAUAACCGUUCAGACGGUCAAGGAUGGUAGUCCUCUCUGUUUUUCUUUCAGGGCACACACAGCUGUUCUGUGCCAUCAGUUACACCAUACGUCUUCAUAGAUGAUUUUUUUUUUUUUUUUUUUCCCCCCCUCUCAUUGUAGUUUGGGUUUGUUCAUGUUGGACAGAUUUGAGUGAGACCUUUGUACGUUGUUCUCAAGCUUCUGCAUGAGUCCCUAUUGCUCAGAGGUAAACUGCACUGUGGCAGGCAGACCCUCCUUAGCAACAGAACGGCCGUUGUGGAUCAUCGAGCCCGCCCUCUAGGCCAUUUGUUCCCUAAUAAUGCUCUGCCAGCGCUCUCAUUCUCCCAAGCUUCUGACAGCAGACAGUAGUCCCUUUUGUUGUUGUGAUUGUGCUUUUGGUUUUAUAUGAACCCACACUCCCCUCUGUCGAGGGGAGAUUCAAUAAAGAACCCGACAACCCAAAUUUA